UCAAUGUAUGGGCAUGUUGAGAAGUUAGCAGAGGAGAUUAAAAAAGGUGCAUCAUCCGUCGAAGGAGUAGAAGCUAAGCUAUGGCAGGUACCUGAAACUCUCCCUGAAGAGGUGCUUGCAAAGAUGAGCGCGCCUCCCAAGGGUGAAGCACCAGCAAUCACAGCAAAUGAGCUUGUUGAGGCUGAUGGAAUUAUCUUUGGUUUCCCAACUAGAUUUGGAAUGAUGGCAGCACAGUUCAAAGCUUUUCUGGAUUCAACCGGAGGCCUCUGGGGAAGCCAGCAGCUUGCUGGCAAGCCUGCGGGGAUUUUCUUCAGCACAGGAUCCCAGGGUGGGGGACAGGAGACUACUGCUUUUACAGCAAUUACUCAGCUGGUUCACCAUGGGAUGAUGUUUGUCCCUGUCGGCUACACUUUUGGUGCUGGAAUGUUCGAGAUGGAGCAAGUGAAGGGAGGAAGUCCUUAUGGUGCUGGAACUUUCGCGGGUGAUGGUUCAAGAACUCCGACUGAGCUAGAGCUGAAGCAAGCGUUCCAUCAGGGCCAGUACUUUGCCAGCGUCGCCAAGAAACUCAAGGGCUCAUCCUGA